CCAUCACCUACCAUUACCGUCGCCUAAUUGGCCAGAAUUAUUGACAUCUCGGGAGAAACUUCCACCAGCCUAUGAAGAGGGAAACAGCAAGCUAGCUUUCAAUCUAGCUAAAGUUUUUGAUAUAAUCAGUUAGAAUGCUACCUCUUUCUUUGCUGAAGACUGCGCAGAACCACCCUAUGCUGGUGGAACUGAAGAAUGGAGAGACGUACAACGGACAUUUGGUCAGUUGCGACAACUGGAUGAACAUCAACUUGAGAGAAGUAAUCUGCACCUCAAGGGAUGGAGAUAAGUUUUGGAGGAUGCCUGAGUGCUAUAUCAGAGGGAGCACCAUCAAGUAUCUGCGUAUCCCCGAUGAGAUCAUCGACAUGGUGAAGGAGGAGGUGGUGUCCAAGGGCCGUGGGCGAGGCGGCAUGCAGCAGAACAAACAGCAGGGCAAGGGUCGUGGCGGUGGAGCCGGCAGAGGAUUGUUUGGCGGCCGUGGCAGAGGUAUGCCAGGGGUGGGCAGAGGACAGCAGCAACCAGACAACAAAAAACCUGGUAAACCUCAGGGUGUUAAGAACCAGCACUGAGACCCGGAACUGAACAGAGGGAAAACGAAAGAAAGGAGGUCUAGAGUUUUGAGAGUAACUCAAACAAAUCUAAUGAGUUGAGGGUAUUUCACACCAGUAGCUUGUCAUAGUUGUGUGUGGUGGACGAUACUUUCAUUGUGAACUCUCAAAAAUUGUCACAAUAUUUUUUGGGGGUUAAUUAAAAUAAUGUGACUUUUUCCCUCCUGUGCUCCAAUUUAGGGAAAAACAUGUUUUAAUCUUAUUUUUGUCUUUUUGUUUUGUAUUCAGAGCCAUUUAGUUUAUGGUAUAAUAUUUGUUGCCAGUUAUCUGUAGUACACCUGGCAAGUAAUUUGAAUGAGAACUUUAGUUGCUGAUUUAUAUUAUGGAACAUGUCUAAGAAUCUAAAAAAAGUUUUCUCUGGCAUUUAGACUCAUGUUUGUAUCCUAGGGUUUUACGUUUGUGGAUUUUAUUUUUCAUUUUGUACAUCAAAACAAUGUUGUAAUUUAUGUACCAGAGAAGACAUGAAAAUAAAACCUUUUUGUUAAAGA